UUUAAGGUUCCCUGUCACUGUGAGCGGCUACUCGAAGGUGUAAAUAAGAACAAAAGCCGAUCUAUGCUGAAUAAAGUUGGCCGCGAGGGAAACGUUUCUUUUCUCUUGCGUCUCGCGACGCCCACAUUUUCCUCGCGUCACGAGAACUGCGCCAACAACCAACGAAAUCACGCGAGAUGUGGAUCUUGACUUGUGAUUGGCUCGUUUGAACUCCGCAAAUAUUUAAACCUUUUCUGGGUAGAAAGCGGCGCUCCGACCGCGGUGGCUGUAGGAGCGCGAGCGAUCGGCGGCCGACUGAACCGGAACGGCUUUUUACGGUCAUCAGUCCUUGUUGUGUAGGAGAAAGUCCUCGGAAAGAAGCAGAAGACGUUCCAGAACGCGAUCGACUCCGCGGACCUGCUGCUGCUGCCGGACCGACGACGACAUGGACGUGCAGAACACGGAGCUCCCCGACAAGUACGAGUUCGACGCGCCGUCCCACGUCGUGGACGUGAGGAGCCUGGACCUGGAGGACCGUGCGGACCAGUGGUUCGAUGAGAAGGUGGCGGAGACGCGGAACAAGCAGGCGGAGAAGCCGAGGGCGGUGGUGUCCCCCCGGAGGAACACGGAUCGUGCCUCCGCAGAACCCGCUGCCGACAAACAGAAUCGAGAUUCUUCUGCUGUUCCUUCAAACAUUGUGACAUCCUGGGGCGACAGCAAGCAAUCGGCGGCAAAGCUGCCGCAAAGGAAAGGGCCGCCAGCACAGCCCCGCAGGCUGUCAAAGCGGCGGGAGAUGGCCGUGCAUGAGGAGAGGAGGAAGCGUGCAUCUGCAGCCACUGCCAGCACUCCACCCAACAAGAAGCAGAGAAGAAGUGUGAGAGCACUGCCUCUGAGAAGUGCCUUUCAUCAGCGAAGAAAUGUGAGCCAAAAGAACAUGGAGGAGCAGGAGAGCACAGAGGUUCUGGACCAAGAGAUGACCAAACCACUCAAGGGCUCAACCAGUGUCAAGACUGCCAUAGCGGGCAGUCAGCCAGUGAAGAAGGCAGUGCUGAGCAUCACAGUCCCAAUGGACUUCCAGUUUCGCACAGAUGAUCGGCUAAGGGCCGCGGACUGUGCCGGUGAUGGAGCUCACGGGCCAGUGGAUUUCGCGGCACAGCUCCGUAAACGCCGGUCUUCUCCAGGCAAGGCAAGGGGACCCAGAAGAGCUACAGUACCAAAACCCUUCAACCUGUCUGCUGGCACAAAGCGCAAAUUUGAGGAUACCUCACCCUAUGUGCCCAUGGCCCAGCAGGUGGAGCUGUUCCAGAAACGCACACCAGCUCGCUACCACCUGCACAGUCGUCAAAGGGAUGAGAGAGGUCCCUCACCAGUGAAGAAUGACGCACUCAAGAUCACAAACCCCCAAACUCCUCAGCUGAUGACCAGGCAGAGGGGACGUCCAGUGACUGUCAAGAGCACAGCAGAAAUUGAGGCUGAGGAGCUGGAGAAGAUCCAACAGUUCAAGUUCAAAGCAGCGGAGCUCAACAGGAAGAUCUUGGAAGGGGCCAUGGUGCCCAAGAAGCCACCUCCACGUGAGCCCACGCAGCCAGAAGGCUUCCAGCUGGAGAUCGAGCGCAGACUGCAGGAGCGGCAGGCAACCAGGAAGCCAGAGGAAGCGGAGGACCACACCUUCCGCUCUAGGCCCCUUCCUACUCGAAUUCUGGAGGACGUAGUGGGCGUCCCAGAGAAGAAGGUGCAGAACCCUACAGUUCCUGAAUCUCCAGCCUUUGCUCUCAAGAACCGUGUAAAGAUGGAGCGCAAAGUGGAGGAGGUAAAGGCUGCCCCCCCAGUCAGGGCAAAUCCUGCCCCCCACUUUGGCCUGCCCUUCCAGCCCAAGCUGCCAGAGAUGCGGCAUGUGGAAAUGUGUCCCUUCUCGUUUGAGGCCCGCGAGCGGGAACGCCAGGCACUGAAGGAGAAGCGGCUCGAACAGAUGAGGAAUGAAGAGGUCCCCAAGUUCAAGGCCCAGCCGCUGCCGGACUUCCACGAGGUGCACCUUCCUGAGAAGAAGGUCAUUGAACCGACUAAGGUGGAGCCCUUCCGCCUCCUUGCUGAUGAACGUGGGGCAGCAAAAAGCGAACGGUGGGAGCAGAUGAUGAAGGAAGAACUGAGACAGCAGGUGGAGGCUGCGAACUUCAAGGCUCGGCCCAACAUGGUCACCUCGAAGGAACCCUUUGUGCCCAAGAAGGAGAACCGCUCUGUGCUGGAAGCGGUUUCUCACCCCACAGUGCCGGAGGGCUUCCAGCUCUCCACGGAGCGCCGUGCCAAGGAGCGCCAGGAGUUUGAGCGCAGCCUCUGCGAGAGGGAGGCCCAGCGGGCACGUAUGGAGGAGCAGGAGAGACGGGAGUGGGAGGAGAAGGAGAAGGAGGAAAUUGCUCGUCUGCGACAAGAGCAGGUGCACAAAGCACAGCCCAUCAGGCGCUACAAGCAGAUGGAGCUGAAGAAGAGUGAGGUCUCUCUCACUGUGCCCCAGUCCCCAAACUUCUCCAACCGCUUCCGCAUGUGAUGCAUUUUAAGACGACACCCAGGAGAUGUUCUGCAUGUUUGUGAACCCAUCCUCACCUUCCUUUGUAUGAAGGAAGGUGUCCCCACCUGACCUGCACACACCCUCUAGUCUGCAUUACUCAGCUGUCUCCUCUGUAAAUUGUACUUUGAC